CUGGCAUGGGAAUGUGAUUUUAUGGUCUGUAAGAUGUUUCUUCAGCACAGAGAUAGAGCAAGUAAGGGAAGAACUGCUUUGCACUGGCUCUGUAACAAUGGCUACCUUGAUGCUAUAAAGUUGCUGCUUGGUUUUGAUGCUUUCCCUAAUCAUAUGGAGAACAGCGAGGAGAGAUAUACUCCUCUUGAUUACGCCUUGCUUGGUGAACACCAUGAAGUGAUUCAGUUCAUGUUAGAACAUGGGGCUCUGUCUAUAGCUGCCAUACAGGACAUUGCUGCGUUCAAAAUUCAGGCUGUCUACAAAGGAUACAAAGUUAGGAAGGCUUUUCAAGAGAGGAAGAAUCUCCUAAUGAAACAUGAACAGCUGAGAAAAGAUGCUGCUGCCAAGAAACGUGAAGAGGAAAGUAAGAGAAAAGAAGCCAAGCUACAGAAAGGGAUGCAGAAUGUGGAACAAAACAGGUUUCGAGCACAACAGAGUCCUGCAAAUCUAGAGAAGACUACCAGCGUCUCGCAAUUUCCUAAUAAACCAGUCGAUACACAGAAUAAGAGACCUCUGUCCCUCAGUGCUUCACAGAUUCAACCAGGGAGAAACAGUAGAGGUUCACCUAAAGCUUGUCACAACAAAGGGACACCAAAGGAGUCAGCAGAGCCUCAGAGUGAAAGUCAUAAGAUCAGGCAAGAUUCGUUGAGGAAACACGGCAAAGGCAAGUCAAGUUGUGUCCACUUCCAUUGUGACAAAGUGAAAGAGGGAACAAAAGUUGAAAUGAAACGUCAGGUUUUAGCUGCUACAGAAGUGGGUGGAGAAAAGCACAAGGAGCACACUGUCGAGGCAACGAGGACUUGUGCUCGGAGGAGCAGAAGGCACGCUUCUGCCUGUAGGACUCCUAGUGCUGGGGAAAAGUUAAGACAUCCAAGUCAGCCUUCAUCUGGCAACAGGGACCAUUGUGAAGGAGCAGCUGUUUUCUUCUGCAACGGCACUUUCACCAGUGGAAUCGUUAGAAACUCAAAGCAGUGUGAAGCUUCUUCCAAAGGCAAAAGGCAUCAGCAGAAAUCCAGAAAUAAAGAGGUAAAUGAUGAGCGAUCUUCACCAGCUGGCUCUAGUAGACCAGGGAGUGCCAAAAUGGUAUUUGGAAACACCAGAGAUGGCAGUGUGCAUGCUGCAGAACAAACUCACAAAGUGGGAAACAAUGAAUUAGCAAAAAGGGCCUCCUCUUUAUUGUCUGCUGAGGCAGAACCCACCAGAACUGCACCAAGAAACCCAGCAGCGUGUUCUGCUCCUGACGACAGUUUGAACUUGGGAAAAACAGGUGUAAUUGGAUCGAGGAAUGCAGAUGAUCAAUUAUGUUCUGUCACGUGGCAAAGUACAAAUAUUGAACUAAUCCCCUCAGAGGUCCGGAUGCAGAUAAUAGAAAAAGAAAGAAAAAGAAAAGAGCUGUUUCGGAAGAAGAACUAUGCUGCUACAGUCAUACAGAGAACAUGGAGAAGUUACCACCUAAGACAGGAGUUGUUUCAGCUUCUCGGUGCCAAGCGGCAGUGCAAAGAAGAUGAAGACAAAUGGAGACAAGAGACAGCUGCCUUCUUCAUUCAGGUUGCUUGGAAGAAACAACUGAACCAUGGCCCCCUGAAAUCAGUUUCUUCGUGUAAAAAUCUCAAAUCUAUAAACAAAACCAGCUCGGCUAUAAAAAACAGCAAGCAGUCCAUCCUUAAGCAGAUCUACGGACAUUCUCAGGAAGGCAAAGUGUAUCAGACAACAAGACCUCCUUCUAAGCUGAAGCUUUCUGACAUGCAGCUGGUCUCAGUAAACAACCUACAGUGUGUUAAUUUGCUGGAGAACAUGGGGAAAUCAAAGCAAUUUUCAUACAACAUGAGACCAACCACUGCUGCAAAAUCAAAAAAUACAAAAGCCAAGCACUAA